CGAGAAUUCUGCUUGAAGGUUGCUUAAAAUAUCGCUUUUGGGUCCGCCUAGCUUUUUCUUAUGGUGUUUUAGGAGUUGAGUUGGGAUCGGGGUUAAAUGGGCUAUGUGCAUAAAAGAGAAGAUAAAGAGAGUUAAACUCACCUAAGUGAUUAUGCUUUGGAUAAAAGUCAGAAGUUGGUGAUGGUGGAUUCUUGGAUUGGUGCCUCUGUAGUUGUUCUGAAAUCUGGCGUCUGAAUGUGACUUCAUCAGAUGCCUAAAUUGAGUUUGGCACCAAGAGCUACGGAUGGGGUUCCUAUUACUUUAGAGUUGUUGAAUCUUUUUGCUUAAUUCAGUUGUUACUCAGUAAUCCAAUGGAUAUAGAGAAGGGAAACAGUGUAUCUUCUGCUGGCCAUGAGGUAGACGAAAGUGGCAGAUUCUUCAGUUUUACUCAACUAAGUGGUAGUCUUCAAAAGCUUUUGCAUGAUGCUGAGUUUGACUACAGUGAUGCGGAGAUUGUUGUCGAAGGAACUUCUGUGGGUGUAAAUCGCUGUAUUUUGGCUUCACGAAGUCCAUUUUUCCAUGAAUUGUUUAAGAAGGGUAAUGAUACUGGCUCUGCAAAUGAAAGUAAACCAAACUAUGUCAUAGAAGAACUGGUGCCCCAUGGCAAGAUAGGAUAUGAAGCAUUUUUGGUUUUCUUGAAUUAUGUUUAUACUGGAAAGCUCAAGCCUUCUCCACUAGAGGUUUCAACAUGUGUUGAUGAGUCUUGUGCUCAUGAUGCGUGUGCCCCUGCAAUUAACUAUGCAGUGGAGCUUAUGUAUGCUUCUGCUACAUUUCAAAUGGAAGAACUAGUUCUGGUUGUUCAGCGUCGGCUUCUUAACUUUGUUGAUAAGGCUCUUGUAGAAGAUGCAAUUCCAAUAGUUGUAGUAGCCCUCCACCAGCAGUUGAAUGAGCUCCUUUCAUACUGUAUCCAGAGAAUAGCACAUUCAAAUCUUGAUAAUCUCACUCUUGAAAAACAGCUUCCACAUGAAGUUCUGACAGAUAUUAAAUGCUUCAGGAAACAACUUAACCAAGACCUGGAGCAUGUCACUGGUGAAGCAAAUUCAGUGUCUGACAAGAGAAUCAGAAGGAUACACAAAGCAUUAGACUCUGGUGAUGUAGAAUUGUUGAAAUUAAUUCUGGAUGAAUAUACUAUUACCUUAGAUGAUGCUUUUGCUCUUCAUUAUGCUGCUGCGUAUUGCAACCCUAAGGUUGUCAUUGAGGUGCUCAAUCUGGGCAAUGCUAAUCUCAAUCUUAGAAAUACUCAAGGAUAUACCGUACUUCAUGUGGCAGCUAGGCGCAAGGAUCCAUUAGUGAUCAUCAGCCUUCUCAGCAAGGGAGCAUAUGUGUUAGAUUCUACAAUUGAUGGACAAUCAUCAAUUACAAUUUGUCGGAGGUUGACUCGGCGUAAGGAUUAUAAUGAAUCAAUAAAGCCUGGACAGGAAACUAAUAAAGACAGAUUAUGCAUUGAUGUGUUGGAAAAAGAAAUGCAUAGAAAUCCACUAGCUGGUACUCUGUGUAUGUCAUCAAUUGUGGUGGGAGAUGAUUUGAUUAUGAAGCUGCUGAUCCUUGAAAAUAGAGUGGCAUUUGCACAAAUAUUAUUUCCCCGAGAAGCUAUGCUAGCAAUGGAAAUAGCCAAUGUGCAUUCAACCUCAGCACCUGAAUUCUCGCAUCCAAAUAUGAUUGAUUUGAAUGAGAUACCAUAUGAGCAAGUAAAACGACUUCAAUUGCGGCUACAAGCCAUGCAAAAAUCAGUGGAGAUUGGUCGGCACUUUUUUCCCAAUUGUUCUUUAGUUUUGGAUAAAUUUUUGGAGGAUCACAUGCAAGAGACUCUCAUGUUUAAUUCUCCAGAGAAGGAGCAGACUAAGAAGAAGAUGCCUUACUUAGAACUCAAGCUGGAGGUAAUGAAUGCAUCUGAUGAAGACAAAGGUGAAAGUAACUGGCUGAGCAUUUCAACUUCUAUCUCUUCUUGUUCAUCUUCUACCAAGGCUAGUGUUGACAUUAAUGUUAGGAAACGAAAAUCAACAAGUUCAAUUGAUGGAGAAAUGUCCACGACAAUCUGCCAGAGGUUUACUCAACCAAUGGAUUUUAAGGAAACAACAAAUGCAAUGACUGGUGAUAUAUCUAUGUCAUCGAUGGUGCUGGCUGAUGAUGUGGUUAUGAGGCUGCUGCUACUUGAAAAUAGAGCUUCCAUUAUACGAGCAUUACUUCCCUCUGAAGUCAAGCUGGCAAUGGAGAUAGCAGAUACAGAUUCAUCCUCAGAGUUUCACACCUUUUCAGCAUCCAGCACCUUGUGCGGAAACUUGAAAACGGUCGACUUGAACGAAAGUCCGUUGGAGCAAGAAAAACGACUUCAAGCUCGGUUACAGGCCUUGGGAAAAGCAGUGGAGAAGGGUCGCCAAUUUUAUCCCAGUUGCUGUGAAGUUCUUGGCAGGUUUCUGGAAAAUGAUGCAGAGGAUGUAAGAAUCAAAGAAAUUAAGGAGGAGAUCACUAAGGCAUUUGAGACAGACAAAGCUAGAAUUCACUCAACACACUUUUCCGCACCUUCACCAAGUGAAACCGAUACUGACUUCUUGUUGGAGAAGUUCGGAAAGCUGCUGAAAGGAAUUAAUAUAACAAGUAAAAGACAAACCAUGGGACUCGAUGAGGCAAUGAUGGCAUUCAAUAAUAUAGAUAAAGAUAGGAAUUUCUCAUCAUCAUCUUCUUCUGGCACAAUAUCUAGUGUGAAUCAAGGUGCUGGCCGUGGGAAAAGAUCAUUGUGCUAAAUUUGGUUCUUCAUGAGCAUGGGAACAUUCAUUGCCAUCUGUUUCAAGCUCAAAUACAGCCUAUGGCUUACUAAAAUCAAGUUUUUCUUCUUGUAAACGUAUGAUAAUAGAUCAUGAACUAGCUGUAUUAAUCUAUAUUAAUCCCAGGUAUGCUAUCAAUGUCCCUUUUCUUCUAGGUGUUUUUAGCUUACAAGAGCACGAUAAUGAAAUUAUGAACUUGCUAUAA